UGACACGCAAAACAGCUGCAUGUGGCAGGCUUUCAUUUUUAACCCCGUUUCAGGAGCCACAUUUACAAACAUAGUGGCGUAAAUGAGGCUCCAAUCAAUCUAAGUUGAUAUUUAACUGUUUGCUGAGCAAAUGCCAAUCUUUUACUCUCAGGAAUCCUGACAUGCACAGCACUUAGUUGAUCGUUUUUUGGACAAGCCAGGAAGUUUUUUUUUCUUAUUUAAAUAUAAGGCCUAUUUCUGCUGAUCUGGGUUCCUUUAAAAGACAGUGCAACUAAAUAGAGUGAAAGUGCUCGAUUCUUGCAGACGAUCCACCAAAGUAAUUCUAAUUUAAGUUGCGUUGUGAGGAAAUGGACCUCUGCCUGACACUCCUGCUGAUCUGUUUCUGCAGCCAAGGAGCCACAAAUGCUGAAGUGGAAGAAAAUCAGCCAGUGUCGCUGGUGCCUCUUACUCAACCAGGAGAGGAAACAGGAAACAGCAAUACAACACAGCCACAAACUGCAAGUACUACAGAAGCACCAGUAAUUGCAAUGACCUCCCAACCACCAGCCACAACUAGUAUGCCCAUUGGAGCCUCGUCAAGUGAAGAGGACAGUGGGGGUUGUCUGCCUGUCAGCAGAAGCCCAUAUUCCAGGGAGAUCAUUGCUGCUGCCAUUCAGAAGCUGGGUGUGCAGCUGCUGCAGAACCUGGAGACAACACCAGAGCAACCAAAUAUUAUUAUUUCUCCUUUGAGCAUAUCACUAGGCCUCUCCCAGCUGGCUUUAGGUGCAGUAAACGAGACCAAGGAGCUGCUGAUGCAUCAUCUUCAUGGAAACACUUUCCCCUGCUACCACCAGUCUCUGCAUAGUAUCUUGAUGCAGCUCAAAAACAGUGAUCUACACAUUGCCACACGGAUCUUUUUGCAUGAAGGGUUUAAGCCAAAGGAAGCAUUUGUCACUGAAUCUCAGCGGUUUUAUCGCUCAGAACCAGAAAUCCUGGAGAGUCUGGAGCAAAUAAACACGUGGGUAAAGAACGCGACUAAAGGAAAGAUAGCUGACUUUCUGUCUGCUUUGCCUCCCAAUCUGCUUCUCAUGCUUGUUAAUGCCGUCCAUUUCAAAGGAGAAUGGAAAGCUCGAUUUGACCCCCGCUUUACCUCCAGAGGUGUGUUCCAUCUCGAUGAACAGCACAUGGUUGAUGUUGAGGUGAUGGAAGAUGCCAAACAUCCCUUGAGUUUCUUUAUUGAUCAUGAACUGGAGGCUCAGGUAGCGAAAUUCCCAUUUCUGGAGUCUAUGAGUUUCUUGGUGGUCAUGCCUAUGUCUGUGGAGACGAAUGUGUCUUCACUUGCUGCAAAAAUCAAUGUUUCUGACUUGUAUAAUCGGCUGCCCAAAGAGAGGGCAGUCCAAGUAAAAGUCCCCAAAUUCAAACUAGAGUACACUCAAGAGUUAAAGGACGUCUUUACCAAAUUGGGCCUUGGAGAGAUAUUUUCCAAUCCAAACUUGGCUGAGAUUUCAGAUGGCCCCAUGCUGGUGUCCAGUGUAAUGCAUAAAUCCAGCAUGGAGAUAACUGAGGAUGGUGCAGAGGCAGCUGCAGCCACUACUGCGGUCAUCUCACGGGCAUCCAAUCCUGUUUUCCACCUCAGCCAUCCCUUCUUCUUUGCGCUUAUCCACGAUAUAACUAAAGUACCGGUCUUUAUGGGUGUAAUCAACAACCCUAAUCCUAGAGCUCCUGUGCUACAGAAAGGAGAAUUUGGAAGCAAAGAUAAAGUGGGAUUCCCCAUUGACAAGAAUGACGGGGCCUCAUUUGGAGGCCCGCCUAAGUAAGGACUAAUAACCUUUACAGCUCUUCCAGGGAAACUCAGACCUAUACAUUUAUGAUCGAAAAGACUAUUAUUUAGCUGAAUCAAAAUAUUUGUAAAAUCUGAUUUUUACAAUGGGGAGCCCAAAACUUGAGUAUUCCUUUAACAUAAUUUUGUUGCCUUAGAUGAGACAUCCUUGAUAAAAAUGAUAAUUAAAUAAGCAAAAAACAGUAUAGUCAUAUUUGGUGAUCCUGAGCCGAUCUUCCAUUUGAUAGCACAUACAUUUCCCAAGACGUUAACAUGAAAGGCAAAGUGAUCUGUUACAGUGUUAGAGAAUUUUUGCAUCCGUGUGUGUGUGUGUGUGUGUUGAAUGGGUUGAUCUGAUGACUUAAUAAACUGAACAGAUAUGAAUCACA